AUGGUGCUGCUGCUGCUGGUGGCUAUUCCACUGCUGGUACACAGCUCCCGGGGGCCGGCGCACUACGAGAUGCUGGGUCGUUGUCGCAUGGUAUGCGACCCGCAUGGGUCUCGAGGCCCAGGACCCGACGGCGCGCCCGUCUCCGUGUCCCCCUUUCCCCCGGGCUCCAAGGGAGAGGUAGGUCGGCGCGGGAAGGCAGGUCUUCGAGGGCCCCCAGGACCUCCAGGUCCCAGGGGGCCACCCGGAGAGCCCGGCAGGCCAGGUCCCCCGGGCCCUCCUGGCCCAGGCCCCGGCGGGGUGGCGCCUCCUGCCGGCUACGUGCCUCGCAUUGCCUUCUACGCGGGCCUGCGGCGGCCACACGAGGGUUACGAGGUGCUGCGCUUCGACGACGUGGUAACUAACGUGGGCAACGCUUACGAGGCGGCCAGCGGCAAGUUCACCUGCCCCAUGCCGGGUGUCUACUUCUUCGCUUACCAUGUGCUCAUGCGCGGCGGCGACGGCACCAGCAUGUGGGCUGACCUGAUGAAGAACGGCCAGGUCCGGGCCAGUGCUAUUGCCCAGGACGCAGACCAGAACUACGACUACGCCAGCAACAGCGUCAUCCUGCACCUGGAUGUGGGCGACGAAGUCUUCAUCAAGCUGGACGGCGGAAAGGUGCACGGCGGGAACACCAACAAGUACAGCACUUUCUCCGGCUUCAUCAUCUACCCGGACUGA